AUGCGUUUCACUUUUCUUUUCGGCUCUUUCGCUGUUGUUGUCGCUAUCAACGCAGCCGCCAAUACUUCUCCGAUUGACGCCAUUACCCAGGCUUUGGAGCAUGGUGACUUUGUGGAUGCUGCUAUUGAUAUUCUGACGUUGGGAAGUUGCGAUGUUUCUAAUCUUGCUGACUGUGUCGGCGUAUUUGCUCCUAUAGUUAUGGAUUGUGGCCUAGCUGCACUAGACCAGGGUACAAAGCCAAGUGAGGAUUUGAAAUGUUUCGAGGAUACCCUAGAAGCUAUUGGCACUGGAUCUGGACCUAAAGGGUUUGGUACCUGCGCAGCUUGUAUUGAAGAGGGGAUUUCUAUUGCCCAGUCUCUCUUAAAAGAUAUAUAG